GAAGCCAGCUCCUGAGUUCUGUUACUCCAUCAGUGGCUUGGAAAGUCAGAUACACCUUGAAAACUCUGAAAUAAUAUGGAUAAAUUCAUAGACAACAUGGAUGUCCGAAUUAAAUCAGAAAGUGGCUCGAUGCAGGUAUUCAAACAGGUCACUGGCCCUGUUCCGACCAGAGAUCCUUCUGUGAGAGCAGACAGAAGAAAUAUGACUUCUCCACCAUUCCUGGCUGCCAGCCCAAUGGAGAACCCAGCUCUGUUUAAUGAUAUCAAGAUCGAGCCCCCAGAAGAGCUCCUGGAGAGUGAUUUCAACAUGCCCCAGGUUGAACCUGUUGAUCUCUCCUUUCACAAACCGAAGGCUCCGCUCCAGCCUGCUAGCAUGCUGCAAGCUCCAAUCCGUCCUCCCAAGCCACCGACUGCACCUCAAGCCAUUAUGGUGCCUACUUCAGCUGACACAGUCACUUCAGCAGCCAUUCCUACUGUUCUCACUCCGGGCUCUAUCCUGGCCUCGUCUCAGGGGACCGGUGGCCAGCCGAUUUUACAUGUGAUCCACACCAUUCCCUCAGUCAGUUUGCCAAAUAAGAUGAGUGGACUAAAGACAAUCCCACUGGUGGUCCAGUCUUUGCCAAUGGUCUAUACCAGUCUGCCUGCAGAUGGGAGCCCUGCAGCCAUUACUGUCCCACUCAUUGGAGGAGAUGGCAAAAGUGCUGGAUCAGUCAAAGUUGACCCUGCCUCCAUGUGUCCACUGGAGUUUCCAAGUGAUAGUGAUGAGAGCGCAAUUGAAAGUGGCUCUUCAGCCUUACAGAGUCUCCAGGGAUUUCAUCAUGAACCAGCGACAAUGGUCCACAUGCAGGGAGAAGAGUCGCUUGACUUAAAGAGAAGACGGAUUCAUCAGUGUGACUUUGCAGGAUGCAGCAAAGUGUACACUAAAAGCUCUCACCUGAAAGCUCACCGCAGAAUCCAUACAGGAGAGAAGCCUUACAAGUGCACCUGGGACGGCUGUUCCUGGAAAUUUGCUCGCUCGGAUGAGCUUACUCGCCAUUUCCGUAAGCACACGGGCAUCAAGCCGUUCCGGUGCACAGACUGCAACCGCAGUUUUUCUCGAUCUGACCACUUGUCCCUCCACCGCCGGCGUCAUGACACCAUGUGAAUAUCACAGGCCACAGCAGACAUGCUGCAAUGGCCUCCUGAGUGUGUGCUGACGUCGUAACUACGUUUGCCUCUUUGACUACAACUUGCCCCCAUGAUUGGGGUUCGAACAGCCUACUGAGCCAGGUUAAUGAGACUGGAAAACAAGUUAGCUGGUCUCCCAUGUGGCUCUUCAUAUUCCACUUUCACCUCUCCACUGUCCAGACUUCAGUUUUUGCAACCUCUUCCUGGGUUGAAUUCAGUGCGGCGCCCAUGGCUGCCCUCCCUGUUCCCUCAUGCUAUAUUAUAGACAUUUUUCCUACAAUAACAAAACAGGAAUUAAACUCAAGGCUGUGAACAAACAUCUGCUGCUCCCUCCUCUCCCCCCACCAGGUUUCUCUUGUUUUCUAAAGAUUUUAUUCAUGUGUGUGUGUAUAUAUAUACAUACAUAUAUAUAUAUGUAUGUAUAUAUAUACUGUAACCAGUACUUAAUAUCACUUAGCAAUGUCCUAAAAUGAGGGUUUUUUCAAAGUUGUAGCUACAAGGGGCAUAACAGUAGAGUUGGUUGAUCAAAUUUACAUAGAAUUGAGUCUGAAAUACAGAGUCUCAUGCUAACCGUGAAGGUUUUGUAGAUCCAGUUUUACUUGUUCUUAACAGUUUGGUUUACAGGCAGUGCCAGCCCUCUUUUGAAGUUCAUCAAAAGCAAUGAAGGGAUUCCUUGACCUCCUUUUCCUCCUCAUGCUCUUUUAGAAUAAAAGGUUUUAUGGCACAAAUCCAUUCUUUUUAGGUUAAGUUUGGACAAAUAUUCAAAGCACAGAGAGAGAGAUCAGUAGGAGAAGUAUUCUAGGAAAAUAUGUGGGCAGUGACAGGCAAGAGCAAACCUGGGAGCACCCUGUGAACAAUUGCUUGGAUAAGGUGUUAGAACUGCUGUUAAUCCCAAACCUCAUUCAGAGGGCAGCCUGUUGAAACAUCACUUUUGAUGGGCUCCACUGUACUGUUUAUUCUUUUGUUUACAUAAGGCAACCAUUCAGCGUAUUACCUGAUGAGAAAUUGCACACUGAGCACGUCAUAGAGAGGUGAGGGGUUGCACUAAAGGAAUUUUGUUUACUUCAUGCCAUUUUGGGCAUUUGUUCUUCUCUUUCUAAUGGGAUGGAAAAGGUUUUCUUUCUGACACUGACAUAUAGAAAGCAUUUUUUUAUGUUUUACAACUGCUAUUAAUACCCAAGCCAUUUAUUUUAUUUAGACAUAACAACAGGAUGCAUAAUAUACAUUUGGUUGCCCAAUCAGACUGUUCAUAAUAUUCUCUGGGGCAUAAAACCUUCUGUUCCUGGCCCUGGACCUCAUAUCUACCUCUUCGUGGCAUAUUUCCUCUCCUGGGAAAAAAGGAGAGGGGCUUUGUAUUAGUAGGAUUGGACGCAGCCUCUCGCCUAAAGGUUUUCUUCAUAUGAAACCUUUAUUUCUUGGCAGAUAUUCAAAAUGUUCUGGCUUGAACAAUUUAGGUUACUACCUCCUGUGGCUGUACUUUCUAACUAAAGCCUAGAAUUCUACCAUCCAGAAGGGGUCCUGUCUACUUCUACCCAUCCCUCACGUUUUACAGAUGAGGCAAAUACGGGUCAGAUUCUUUCUCCAGAUAAUUCCUUGAGGCCUUACAGACCUGUAUACACCUUCUCCCAGGGAUCACACUAGUAAACCAAAUUAAAGAAAAAAAAAGUUAUGUGAUUGGUUGCAAUAUUUGUCCAAUUUUAUGUUAUACUUCAGAAAACUUUAAGUCACUUAAAUUCAUGUAUAUUUGGUGACAAAGUAAGUAGGGCGUGCUUAUGGUCAUGGCCACUUAACACCGGGCACACAGUGUUUCAAGUCGCACUUUUUGAUAAUUCUGAUUUGUUUUAAUUUACCUUGUUUCAAGUUUCAAUGUCUUUCCAGAGCAUAAAUUCUCCAUAAGUUAAGGCCUACUUGUACUUUUCAUGUAGGUUUUACUGUUACUGCUUUGGUAAGGGAUUUGUCCUGACUCUGGGUGUACAAGUUCCAGGCUGUAUACUAAUUACUAAAGCACUAAUCAAUAUCUAGAGCUAGUCUACUAAUGGGGACCACAAUGUCAGGCAGAUUGAAAAAUGUAUAUUCCUACCAUACAUGGGCUUAAGCUUGUAAUUGAGUAGUUGGUACAAUGCUACAGAACAGAGUCCAAAGGGUUAUGUGUUUCUGUUCCAUUUUGGCUCCUAAAUUUGUUUUCCAGAUAUUGGAAUUGGCAUGUGCCCCUUAGACUUCAGGAUAUUGAGACAUAUGUUUAUUAAUGAGCACUAUGAAAUUAUAGUACUCAUAAGGGUGAUCAGCUGAGGAUCCCAGAUACUGAUGUUCCUAGCAUCUCUGAGCCUUUAUUCAAGUAUGUUUCUGCAGAGUCAUAAUAGACUUUGCAAAUGCUUUGUCCAUUGUCUUUAGCCAAGAACCAAUUCUAACCAUAUUCUCUUUGCUCUUUUUGUCCCCAAAUGGCAAAAAUCUUUCCAGUUACAAGCAUAAUCUUUACAGAUGUGUUAUGAUUAAGAGAACUUCUCAGAGGAAAUGAACUCAAACAGUAUAGUGCAGAAUUACUGCACCAAAAGCACAUAAGUUUGCUAGAUAGUGGAAUAUAAAGGAAACCAUUCCACUUCUCUUGGUUAACAUCUGAGGUUUAACUAAGUGUAAUGGGCUUACAAUAGCCAAAGACUGUUAGGAUGACAUUUGCCUAGGAUAUGGAAAUUUUGACUGGAUGGAUAAUAUUCAGGAGUUUAUUGUAGUGAAGUUUCUCCCUCUGUAGACAUCUGGCAGCUGAACAGAAUUGUUGGUAAUUGCCAUUGUAAAGUGUAAGAAAUGUAAACUGGACUGGUUUGAUGGAUUAGUGGAGUUCAUUAUGUACAAACCCACAAAUGUUUGUAAAGAGAAUUUCUUUUUAAAUAAACUUUACAUGUUGGAACUCUUUUUUUUUUUGAGAUUUUCAGGAAAAUGUGAAGGUAGAACAGAGUUCCUGUUUACUCUACAUUUUACAUUAGAUUGGUAUAAUUGUUACAAUUAGUGAAGUUAUACUGAUACAUUAACAUUAACUACAAUCAAUGCUUUGGUCAGACUUCCUUGGCUUUAACCUGCUGUUCUUUUUUCUGUUUUAAUAUCGCCUUCAAAAUACAACAUUGUAUUAAUAAUAACAGCACCUUAUUCUCCUCAUUGUGAUAGCUUCUUGGAGGAGUUCUUUGUUCUCAAGGACCUUGGAGUAUGUUUUUCAGUUGGGGUUUAUUUCAUAUUCUUCUCAUGAAAAAACUAGGUCAAUGAAAGUCAGGCAUGGUAGAGAACACUUUCCUUUUAAUCCCAGCACUUGGGAGGCAAAGGCAGGUGGAUCUCUGAGUUCGAGGCCAGCCUGGUCUACAGAGUGAGUUCCAGGACAGUCGGGCUACACAGAGAAAAACCCUGUCUCAGAAAAACAAAAACAAAAAACCCUACCAUAAUGGAUUAAUGGAUUUGGGUCCAAACAACCACACAAGUGAGUUACUAUUUUCAUAACAUCAUCUUUAUAUGACUAAUCAUUCUUCAUAUUAUCCUUAGUCACAUGACUAAGAUAGUGUCUGAGAUUUCUCCCCUAUAUCCUUUUUCCUAUCAUCAUACUGCAAUCUUUGGAGGGAAGUUACUGUGUUCAGCCCACAUAUACAGAAAUGGUGAGUUAGGUACUAUGUCCUUGAGAGCAAGUGUUCAAAUAUUUUGGAAUUUUUUGCAUUGGGAGCUUUGCCUCCUCUUUAUUUAUUUACUUACAUGUUUAUUUUUGUCAACAUGGACUCAUUGAUAUUUAUUUUAUAGUUUAUCUUAGAAUCCAAUGCAACUUUUAUUUUGUUGCCAAAUUGUAACUUUAAUUGUUAGGAGCUUUUUUGAAUUGAUUGUGAAGUCUUGUUUGCAUACCCCAUCAUUGUUUUUUGUCUUCAGCAAGUGAGUAAUUUUUGGUGUUGCAAGAUGUUCCAGGAACAUCUUUUUUUUUUUUUUGGAGGGCAAUUUUAUAAUCUGGCAUUUCAUCAAUAAGUUCUAAUCCCUUUUACUGAAGAAUUAUAACCAAGGUGUAGGUACUAUAAAUGUUUGCUACUUUGCAAAUAUUUCUUCAAGUUCUUCUCAGUCACUAGAAAAAAGAAAUAUAUGCAUAUAUUAAGUUUUAUAUAUACACAUGCUUGUAAACAUUUCCACAUAUCAUCUUUAUGAUGAUUUAUAUGAGUUUAUAUCAUUGUCUUCAAUCCUUAGUUAUCUGCAUAUCUUUCCAUUCUAUCUGCAAGAACCAUAGCUCAUCUUCUGCCAUUUAUUAAUUUUUGAAAUCCAUAUUAAUACUAGUGAAAUACAUAUUAACAGUGUCUUAUGUGUUAUUCUGUAUACCCAUGAGAAAAGUCAACUAGAACCCGGUGCUUAUGUACACGAUAGUAACAUUUUUAGAACUUCAACUCUCUGAAACAAAAUGCUCUACAAGAUUCUUGAAUAAGAGAUAAUCUGUAUUCACAAUUCUAUCCUAGUCCCCAAAUGCUUUCUCAUACAUGAAACAAACCAUCAGUGAUUGACCUAGCCUUGAAUGGGCCAAGGGAGCAUGUUGAUCCUUCGUAGUAUGUUAAUUCCUGUAGAAGGGAUCAAAGAGAAAGCAGCUACAUGGGUCUAAUUUGAAGAAACACUUAGCACUGUCCUUUUCUCUACUGAAAAUGGAUCUCUGACAACUGGGUGGUACCCUGAUUUGCCUCUCUUCUGUUAUUUUCCCCAGUUUUUAGGCAAGUCACAUCACCUCUCUGUGCCUCUUUUAACCCAUCUCGAAAUGGGGAUCCACAUAUCUACCUCACAGGAGUGUUGUGAGGCUUCUUAUUAAUAGCUGUUUAAAAAAAUAUGUAAUCUCUAAAUGAGUAAGAAAGUAUUAUAAUCAUUACUAUGAUGAUAAUUAGAGUACCCUAUAUGUAUCCUAUGGAAAAGGAGAUUAGCCUCAUUGUUAGUAAACAGCUAAAAUUAAGUCAAUAAAAGAUCAAUGAAGAGUGGCCACUGGAAGCAAGAUUAUUUAUUCUGUUACCCUCACUUUCCCUAUAUCCUCUAAGCAUAGGAAUAUCAACUGUUUCCAGACUCAAAACAUACGAGAACCUAAAACAGUAGGAGGCAAAGUAGAUUGUCAUUUUCAAAUUGUGUUUCUUCUACCUUUCUUACUCUGGUUGGACUGCAUUACAUAGAACUUUGUCAGAAGCACAAAGACAAUUUCUCAAAGGGUUUCAGUCUUUGAUCAGUUCUGUUCCAUCGAUUAAGAUUUCUCUUUCUGCGUGUACUGUACAUUGAACAGUCAAGGUAGGAGGGGAGUGGGUGGGAUGGUUGGGUUGGGCAUGGACUGGGAGAGAAGGGAAAUUACAGAUGUGUUUUCCAAACACCUGUUCUCACUUUCCAUUUCUUUCUUUUCUGUUUUCCUGGUGGUGGGUUUGGGGCAAGGGAAGAGAUACUAUUUUGUUAACAAAUUCUCCUUCCCUUCCAGUAGAUGUUUCCUAGGGUCGGUACAAAUAGCUGUGUUGGACCUUACUUUUAUAACUAUGUUGUAUACAGUGUUGUUUUCAUUGUAUUUUUGAAUAAAGGGGGAAGAAAGUCCCUAGUGCUGGCCUAGUGUGACAGGAGGUCACAACAGGAGAGCAGCACCAGAAGCUGACUCUUUGUGGUGGGGAAAGGAGCCUGCAGUAAAGGGAUUUAUUGGAUUUUUGUCAUUCUUUAAAGAAAUUAUAAAGCAGUAUAUUACACAUUAGUCUCUCUGACUCUUCUGUUUGUGCCUCCUCAUUUUAGUGCUUUAGAGCAGCACCUAUUUUCACUCCAUUUUAUACUUGUUCCUGUUGAAGUAUGGUGUUGAGCAAUCUCUCAUAGACAAGUCUGUGGUGUACCUGAAGAGAAUUGCCUCAGUAAGCAUGGCUACCCAGAGGUUACUCUGAUGUAGCUCGGUGGGGUUCUCCCAUUGCAGCUUCCAGGCCAGGCUGUGUGCUUGAGUACUAAGCAAUCAUGUUCUGUCUGAUUACUGUACUUUUUUAAUAAUAAAAAUAUUUUAAACCAGAAA